AUGGCUGCUGGACACGCUCAAAUCGUUGCUGGUGCUGCUGGACGAGUUCCCGCUGAACUCCCUGCUCUACGGUCCGGAGUUUCUUCACAUCGGGCCUUCGUAUUAUUCCACAAUACGAGCAAUAGGCAUGUGGAGCUCUUCUGGAUAAACUAUUCAGGCCAGAGAGCAAGCUACGGCAUCCUCCAACCGGAUGAGAAGCGAAAAAUUGACACCUUUGUGUCACAUCCGUGGUGCUUCGUGGAUGCCUACAACCUCACCAAGUUCCUGGUGAACGGCCAGGAAGUCUUCUUCCCCGUGGUGUGGUACGAGGGAUCAAUAGAUUUGGUGCGAAUGAUGAUAAAGCGCCAAAUUGCCCGAAUCCACGCCCCGGUGCGGCCACUGCGGGAAAUCUGCAUGGAGAGGGUCGCCAUGCGGCUGCCAAACACUUAUGCGGCCCAUGAAAUUGAAGUCCCGGCAUCCAUAUCCCAGGACAUCGAGCAGACCUUCAAGGAGCUCAAGGAGAAGCCCCAGCAGUCAACACUACAGCGGCUGGAGCAGCUGGAACGGCGGAAUCAGCAACACCAGCACGACUGAGACGUUCCAUGUGCCGAAGACUCGCAUCACAUGGCCAGCUGUACCUGUUCCCGAACUUCCGGCUAUUGCAGGAGAUUCAGAAAAGACGCAUUUUUUAUAAUCAUUAAGUUUUCAAUUGUUGUAUAAUAUAUUCAAUCUCCUCACAUUAUUCUCUUUUUUUUUUACUCUCUUAACUUCAGAAAUAUUGUUUAAAUGUUCAUUCUAAAGAUUAGAAUAAAUGACGAUCUUUUACAUGCACAAA